UAUGCUGUUUUGUUGCGUUGCUAAUUUGAAUUGUGGGACUUCAUUAUGAUCGCUUACAUCGUAUGGCCGGAUCGGAUCAUCGUAUAAAAGAGUCGUGAUGCUUUCGGUCUGACAUCAGUCGUCUCUGAAGAGCAUCACCACUCAAGGCGUUAGGAACCUUUCGGUACUGGUAUCGUUGUCAUCGAAUCAAGUGGAAUAGUAGUUAACAUGAAGGUCUUCGUUUGUAUGUGUGCUCUCUUUGCUGUGGCCAACGCCGGCUUCCUCGGUCUGCUCGGAGGUGGCGGUGGUGGCGGCGGUGGCGGUGGCGGCGGCGGUCUUAAGGCCGGCAUCAGCUUGGGCGGCAGCAGCGGCGGUGGUGGCGGCGGCUAUGGUGGCGGAGGCGGCUAUGGUGGUGGCUACAACGGCGGCUCACAUGGCGGACAUGGCGGUCAUGGUGGCGGUCCCGUCCAGGUGGUCAAGGUCAUCCAUCAGCAAGGCGGCUACUCUGGCGGCGGCUACUCCGGAGGCGGCGGCGGCGGUGGAGGCUAUGCCGGCGGCUAUGGCUAUGAGCCCGCCCCACAGGUCUACAAAGUAAAGGUCAUCUCCGAAGGCGGCAGCCAUGGCCAUGGUCCAGCCCCCGGACCAGUCUACGGUGCCCCAGAAUCCGUCAAGGUGAUCAAGCUAUUGUCGGAGUCCGCUCCUCUGGUCAGCGGUCCAUCUUUCGUUGGAGGCGGCGGCGGCGGCUCGUCGGGUGUUUCCCAGGUGAUCAAGGUGGUGCACGAGAACCAUGACGGUGGUGCUUCCUACGGCGGACAUUCUGGCUCAAUUCAGGGUGGACACGCCAAGGUUGUGCGCGUUAUCCAUGAGCAUUCGGGCGGCUUUGGCGGAGGCCCAGCUUACGCUCCCAUCGAUGUUCCCGGACCAGCUCCGGUGUCUUCCUACCUGGCCCCUGUCCAGGAGGCUCCAGUUUAUGCUCCCCCUGCACCCGCUCCAGUCUAUGCUGCCCCUGCACCCGCUCCAGUUUAUGCUGCUCCCGCUCCAGCUCCAGUGUAUGCCUCCCCACCUCAAGUGAACUAUGCUCCAGCUCCUGCCCCGGCUCCGGUAUAUUCUGCUCCCGCUCCAGCUCCAGUGUAUGCCUCCCCACCUCAAGUGAACUAUGCUCCAGCUCCUGCCCCGGCUCCGGUAUAUUCUGCUCCCGCUCCAGCUCCAGUGUAUGCCUCCCCACCUCAGGUGUACAGUGCCCCCAUCCAGGCACCUGCGCCGAUCCUGAGCAUCCCCCACCAAGCACCAGCCCCAGUGUUCGCGCCCGAGGAACAACUCCUGCCCGUGGGACAUGCGCCCGCCCAGACCUACGGCCCACCAGCCUACUAAGACGCUUUCCCCCCACCUCCCCGUCGCCACACAUCCCAGACUCGGGAAGACCUUCGACCUACUACUACUACCACUCUACCUCUAUCGACUUUUCCUACACAACGCCAUGAGUUAAUUUAAGUCAUUUUUUUACCCAUUUUUUUUGCUAGAAAAUACAUAAAUACCGAAAAGAAAAA